AUGGCUUUAGCAAGUGGCCACUGGCUUGAGAAGGAGAUGAAGGGAGAAGCACCAAGCCCUCGACAUGGUCACGCCUUUGCUGUGGCAGGAAACAUCGCUUUUCUGUUUGGUGGAGCAGCUUGUGUCAACCAUGAGGUGGACGAGUCGGUUUUCUUCAAUGACUUCUACAUGCUAACAGUUUCUGAUAGUGAUGUUGCAUGGGAGGAGAUCCCCCAAAGUGGAGAUGUCCCCCCACCAAGAGAAGGACACACUCUCUGUGUUGUCAAAGGGAAACUUUACCUGUUUGGAGGAGUUUCUUGUCCAGAUGCGACCGAAUGUCUCCCAGGAGUCUACUGCUUUGAUAUAGUGUCUCUUACAUGGGAAUGCCUGGCAACAGGAGGGCUGCCGCUCAGAUCCCUGAAUCACAGCUCUGCUGCUCUUGGUGACAACAUCUAUGUGUAUGGAGGAACUCUCAAAGGAACGCCAACUGAUGACCUGUUGGUCUUCAACGCAGUGUCUCUCACCUGGACUCCAAUAAGAACCAGCGGCUCGGUUCCUCCUGCCCUGAGUGGCCACAGCUUCGCUAUUGUCGGUGAUCAGCUGUUCAUGUUUGGAGGUUAUGGAGCCGGAGGAGACUUCUCUAAGGAUCUUCAUGUACUCAGCACAGAGAGCUUGGUUUGGCAGAAAUGGGAACUGAAAGGAGAGUCGCCAGUCGCCUGCUCCGGGCACUCGCUGACUGCUCACCAUGAUAAAGACAUCUACAUGUUUGGUGGGAAGAGCUCGAACGAGGACGGCACCGUGGUCUCGUCCAAUGAGAUUCAUAAACUCAGCAUCGGUAAAAUGAAGUGGAAGGUUCCUCUGUACGUCGGGAUUCCUCCGGCUCGUAGAAAUGGACACUCUGCUUUCAUCCUCCAUAGUCACCUCUAUAUAUUUGGAGGGAAGAAUGAAGAGCAAGAGUUUAAUGAUCUGAAGGUGAUGAAACUCAUCAACCCCUCAGAGAGACAACCUGUGAUGAAGGAGAUUCUGUCUGAGCUUGGUCUCCAGGGAGUCAGUCACAGUUUCACUCCCACGAAGGUUCCCAAUGUUCGCUAUGAGCUGAAUGAUUCUGCACCGUCCAGCCAGUCCAGGAAUGCAGCAGCGACGCCUCUCCUCCAGGUGUUUGUCCACAGAGACUUCAGCAUGGUGCGGGAUCAAGCCAUGAGGAUGAUCCAGACUGCUUUCACCCUCCUGGACCAGGAGUUCCAGAAGCUGGACGGAGAGAAGUCAGAGCUGGCAAAAGCUGCUUCGACUCUGCAGAGAGAGAAAGAGAACCACGAGCUGCAGAAACAGCAACAGCAGCAGGAGCUCCAAGAGAUGCUCGACAGACAUCGCUCCCAAAAUGAGUCGUGGCUUCGAGCACGAGCUGAGGAGAACGACCGGGAGAGGAGGGAGCUCUGCAGACUCAGGGAGGAGGUGCUGCAGGAGCAGCAGAGGCUCAAGGAGGAACAGGGCAACAUCCAGAAACGCAGCGAGCAUCUCCUCUCCAUCAUGCAGCAGUUCAAAGGAAUGUGAGAGGGCUGGGUGGACGUCAUGUCAAUGCAAAUGUCUUAACUUAUUAAUAAGGAAACUGUUCCAGUGAUUUCACCAUAGUUUUUUUCACUAUAGCAUCAGCCUGGUUAUUAUGAAGCCCACUAG